AAGAGAGGAAUUGGUCCAGCAUCUGAGGGAGCAGCGGAGCGGAGCGGAUGACAGAGACUCGGAGCUCAUCUGCAAAAUGAGGAGAAAUUAGCUCGGCGACCGUCGGCCGUUCGUGACUCCCCACCGCGAUGCACACAGUGGACGGUUAGAGAGUGAAGCUCGUCGCCUGCCACGGAGAUCUGACUUUAUUCCAUCAAUGAGAUAUGUGGAGUGGCUCUACCGCCCGGUGGUAACGCAGAAAAACACAAGAUGAAGAAGCAGUUCAACCGAAUGAGACAGCUCGCCAACCAAACAGUGGGCAGGGCUGAAAAAAACAGAAGUAUUAAGUGAAGACCUAUUACAGGUGGAGAAACGUCUGGAACUGGUCAAACAGGUUUCCCACAGCACACACAAGAAGUUGACCGCUUGUCUGCAAGGCCAGCAGGGUGUGGAUGUGGACAAGAAGUCUGUCAGAUCCCCAUCGAAAAAGCUUCCCCUCACAACAUUAGCACAAUGUAUGGUGGAGGGGGCGGCUGUGCUCGGGGACGAGUCUCUACUAGGGAAGAUGUUAAAGCUUUGUGGCGAUACACAGGAAAGGCUCGCGCAGGAGCUCAUCGUCUUCGAGCUCACUAUCGAGAGAGAUGUGAUCGAGCCACUGUACGACCUUGCAGAGGUGGAAAUCCCAAAUAUCCAGAAACAAAGAAAACAUUUAGCAAAACUAGUCCUGGACAUGGACUCUGCACGCACACGGUACUACCAGUCUACCAAGUCUUCAGGAUUGUCCAGCAAUCUGCAGCCAACAGGAGCCAAGGCCGACCACCUCAGGGAAGAGAUGGAGGAGGCUGCCAACCGCAUGGAGAUCUGUAGAGAUCAAUUGUCAGCAGACAUGUACAGUUUUGUGGCCAAAGAAAUUGACUAUGCAAGCUACUUCCAGACACUGAUAGAAACCCAGGCAGAGUACCACAGGAAGUCAUUAGAGCUGCUUCAGAGUGUUCUGCCCCAGAUCAAAGCUCAUCAGGAAUCCUGGGUGGAGAAACCGUGCUAUGGGAAACCAUUAGAGGAGCACUUAGCGCUCAGUGGGAGAGAUAUUGCCUUUCCCAUAGAGGCCUGUGUCACGAUGCUGUUGGAGUGUGGCAUGCAGGAAGAGGGUUUGUUCAGAAUCGCUCCUUCAGCCUCAAAGCUGAAGAAGCUAAAAGCGUCAUUAGACUGUGGAGUGUUAGACGUUCAGGAGUAUUCUGCAGACCCACAUGCCAUCGCAGGUGCUUUGAAGUCCUACCUGCGAGAGCUCCCUGAACCAUUAAUGACAUUUGAACUGUACAAUGAAUGGAUUCAAGCUUCAAACAUCCAAGACCAAGACAAAAGACUGCAGGCUCUUCUCGCCGCCUGUGAGAAACUACCGACAGCUAACGGCAACAACUUUAAGUAUUUGAUUAAAUUCCUGUCCAAACUGACUGAAUACCAGGAUGUGAAUAAAAUGACGCCUGGAAAUAUUGCUAUUGUCCUGGGACCAAACCUGCUGUGGACACACAAUGAAGGUAACAUCACAGAGAUGAUGACGACAGUUUCACUGCAGAUUGUUGGCAUCAUUGAGCCGAUCAUCCAGCACGCCGACUGGUUCUUCCCUGGAGAAAUCGAAUUCAACGUCACAGGAAACUAUGGAAGCCCCGUCCACACUAACCACAACGCUAACUACAGUUCGAUGCCAUCUCCAGACAUGGAUCAGAUAGAUCGCAAGCAGAAUGAUCAAAGCCGACGGCCCCUGAGUGUCGCCACAGACAACAUGAUGCUGGAGUUUUACAAGAAAGAUGGCAUUAGGAAGAUUCAAAGCAUGGGUGUCAGGGUGAUGGACACUUCUUGGGUGUCACGCAGGGGCUCGUCAUCUACACGUAAAACCUCCUCCACGCCACCGAGCGUGCAUCCCCCCACCCCACCCACUGACGCUCUCAUCCCAGAGCAGCCUGGGGAAUUCUCUGCCUCCCCCUCCCCCACCCCUCCUCCCACUAGCAGCGACCGAGCCAGUCCAAGCAUCAUUAACAGCAUAACCGUCCAUUGUCGCAAGGCACUGCAAUGGAUAAGCUCGGAUGAUGCAUCUUCCAAUUGGUCGGACUCCUGUUAUGCCUACCCCUCCCCUGAGGAGGAGAGGCCGCCUCCCCCUUACCCAUCUUCGUCCUCUUCUUCUUCCUCUUCCUCUUGCUCUUCCUUUUCGGCCCCUCACCACCAUUUCUACACCCGAGCACUUCCGAGUAUGCGUCCCGUUGCUCCCAAUCCCGAUUCUGUGCCUCCUGGCCCGUCCCCUCCCCCACGUUGGUCCGGCUGUAGCCCACCCCCACUUCCCUCCCUCUGCCUGUCCCCACAGCCGCUUGAUGUCAACUCCAACCCCAAACCCAGUUCCCUGCACCUGCCUAAACAGACCUCCCUGUCCGACGCUCCGCAUGCGUCCUUAUCUGAAACGAAUGGCUCCACCCUUUAUAUAAAACCCCCGCUCGUUCUUACUCGUCAUGAUCUUUUCCUGGGCUCCCCUAAACCUCCCAACACCCCCCUGUCUGCUCCCCCUCCAUGGGCAGCCUGUGCCUGUAACCGAGAAAGAGGAGCCAAGCUGACUAGUACUCUGAAGAACAAGGAGCUGUCUCCUGUGAUUGGACAGAAGGGAAUCCAGGGAACAUUGCCCUCUAGUGGAUCGUCUCAGCUUUCAGAGCACAGCCCUCACACCCUGAGGAGAGCAAAGAAGCUGGCACCAAUCCCACCUAAAGGUCCAUAUUCCCAGACAGGAGCCAUAUCAGACCAGUCAACAGGUCAACCAUCUCCUGUCAGCUUGUCGCCCACUCCUCCCAGCACCCCCUCACCGUAUGGCUUCAGUUACCCGCAGGGCUAUGCCACCAUUGGCUCCCCGGGACAGAUUCAGACGGCUACCACCCCCUCUCUGUCCUCCCCACCAUCGCUGGCCGGGACUCUGACCAAGGCCAGGCCGACCCCCAAACCACCCCGCCAGAGGCCCAGCCUGCCCCCUCCACAGCCCCCCUCCACUCCUGGCACCAGUCCUCAGCCUCUGGAGCAUUCCUCAGGCCUCUUAGAUGGUUUAUCACCAGGGGAAAGCAUGUCCACAGCGGUAUGAGGCGAGUGAUUCAGUGUGAUUCUAUUUGUGAGAGGGACUUUUAGGAUUCUUUCUGCAACUUGGACAUCCCCAUCAUAAACGUGGAACUGGACGGUAUUUUUGACAUGCCUCACAUCUCACCCUUCAGGAACUCAGUGACACUAUUUGAAUCAAGCAACAACAAAACAGAGUCGGAGGAAGAGUCGGAGAGCACAGUGUUAUGACACCACAAAAAAAAAAAAACACGACUCUACUGCUGCUCUGCCUCACUCAACCCCCACCCCCUCCCCACCUCCUCCUCCUCCCCCUUCGACUCAUAUAUUAACCUUUCACCUCUCGAACCGAAGAAUUUCCUCAGCCAUCACGCUCUCUGUGGAUGUUUUAUUUACACCUCACAGGGGCUGACGUCAAAACAAGCCCGGCUUAGAAAAUGGUUUACACCUAAAAGAAAUAUUCAUUCUCACAUCUGGAUUCUGUGAGGUGUUAGCGACAAUGUUGUCAGGGGACUUUUGAGCAGAUGUAAAAUUUUAUGUUGGCUGGUUUGAUCCAUGGCACAUAGAUUUUUAGAAUACAUGUUACUUUUAAUUUAAUGUGUUGUAUUUUUCUUUUUGCCUUAUUUGAUUCACUUGCAAUAUUGCCUUUAAAUCACACACAAGACUGGAAACAGGCCGCUGGGAGGAAUGAGUUGUCUUUGCUGCUGCUUCAUGUGUGAAUCAUAGAAGGAAGAACAACACAGUAGUGUACAUCUGUCCUGCCAAUGUGUGGGCCUUGUUUUUCUGUGGAUCUCCCUGUGUUGCCAUCUCUAGUUCCUCCUUCAGUCCUCAGGGGUGUCCGUUGAAACGCUAAGCACUGGCAUGUGGUGGCAACAACCCCUGAUGUCUGUCCCACCUGAGCGUUCACUGUGAGUGUGCCAGUAUGUUGUUUUGGAAAGUGUGUGUGUGUGCGUGUUAUAGUUUGCGUGUGAUGUGUACUUGUACUAUAUAAUGUUGCGCUGUUGGUGUUUUUGAGCAAAUACAGGAAUGCAUGUUUUAGACAUUUAGGAAAAGUUACCAGCCAGGUUGCAAAGCAGUUAAAUCCCCAAAUCACUCUUCUCAACACAUUCAUAGCAUUCAAUCAGGACAUCAAUCACUGAAUAUUUAUUGUUUAUAUUGUAUAUUUUCAGAGUAUAACAUUAUAAAUGAAUCAAAUCAUAUUUUGUACCUACAGCAGAACUAUAAAGAUACCAUUUCCAUCUUAAAGAAUAUAACAGAUGCUGUCAGAGUCGUAUAAAAUAUGUGAGAUACGUGGUUUCGAAGGGUAUGAAGUGAAAAGGGAAAAACUCCACGUCAGUUCUCUAAAUUAUUUUACUAGCAAGUAAAACUGCACAGGAUUUUUUAUGUUUCAAGUCAGGAGACAGUAGUGGUAGUUUUACGAGCAAAGGAGUUGAAAGAGCAGAGAGAGUAGGAGUCAGACGACCUUUAACAAGGUGAGUUAACACUCCACCAUCACAGGAGUGUUAACUCAGCUGUUUUGUUUGAAACCUCUGAUGUCUUAUAGUAAGUUUUGUCAUCAAGCUGCAUCCCCAGUAGUAAAGGCUACAGUACACAUACCUUUUUUCUAACUGUCUCAUUUUCACUCCUCCUCCUUCCCAUUGCAGUUUAUAGAAAUAAUGAUGCUAAUGAUACUGAUAUUUUAGUCUAUAUUGGUGAACCAGAGGCAGGUGCAAAGAUAUGUGUAUAUGCGUUUAUUUUGAUGAGAGUAUUUCUACAGAUAUAUUUCUGAGUACUUUUUACUAGGUCUAAAGAUUGAUUUUUUUUUUUGUUUUUCCACUACGCAUAAUUCUCAUCUGAGAAAAAAAGUUUAAACACGGGACCAGAAUUUAGCUGCUGUCAUAUCAAAACCUUAAAUCUUCAAAACUAAAAAGAAGAAUACAGAAUGAUUAGGUAAUUACAUUGGAGAAACCAGGUUUGUUUAUGACAGCAGCAGGUUGUUAUUUGCCUUGCGGUGGGUUUGUUGUGACCUAACCGUAUUUGUAAGACUUUCUUUUGGAGAGAACAUCGGUGCAUCCACAACACAUGGCCUCAAAGUCACUGUGCUGCUCUACCAUUCUCUUUUCUUUUAAGUGCGAUAUUAUUCACAAGACUUGUGUAAAUAUUGAUGCGUCUGUACAUACGUGUUCUGUAUAUACUGAUGGAAGAAAUUUAAGUAUAUACAUAUAUAAUAUACAGAUACUGUAUUAAAAAUAUAAAUGAUGGACAUUAUAACAUUAUACUGUAUAUAUAAUAUUAAAAGGUUGCUAAUCCUAGCACAAUAUUGCCAGGUUCACAUAAAAUAACAUCCAGUAGACUUUGCACAGUUAACAAACUUUAUAUGUUACAGUAGAUUUUAUGGCACUGACUAAAGCUCAAGAUUAAAUCUAAUUUGUAGAUUUUUAAAAUAAAAAAUGCUGAUACUGCUUACAUUGCAGACUUACUGAUUUUGGAAAGAUUAACCUCUUGAACCCUGGUUUUAGUGCUCAAAUUAUUAUUAGCAGUGUUUAUGUACAAAUGAUGCUUUACUUUCAAGAACUACUCACACCUAAAAUAUAACAUCCUUAGCUGUGCUGCAGUGUUAAAUAGAAACAAUUCAGCAUCUUGGUUUUUCUUAUUUGCCCACUGUUCAUCGUGACAUAUUUAGUAUUUCUGUAAAACUUGGCACAUUGUUUCAAAUUUAAAAUAACUCCCAGGGUUUUUUUUUUUCCAGUGGCUUCACCAGUGGGUAUACCAGGGUUUAAGAGGUUUUAAGAGAGAUUCUCCAAAUGCUAGAUAGAGACAGCCCCCUCAGUUCCACAACACACACACACACACACACGCACACACACACACACACACACACACACAAAGGAUAUAAUCUAACACUUUCAGGGCAGAUACUUUUUACAUGCAAUCAGUAGCACCCUGACAUUAGAAACAAGACAAAUAUUAGAUAAUGUAGUUUUACAAUUAGCAGGAACAUGCAGAAGACCUACAGGAUCAACACAAGGUCAACAAGAGAACAGCAACAUCACUAAUUACAUUGUCUUUUGAGCCACGUUGAAAUCCAUACAGCAUGAAAUGCUAUCACCAGUGUUUUUAAUAUUUAAAGAAAAAAAAAUAAUGCUAAUCACAAAACAAUUUUAUAAAAGUAAUUGUUGCAAUUUGGCUGUGCUGAGGUGAAUGGUCUGUCCUGUCUUUGUCUGGAUUUCUGUGUUACAAUGUGCUGCUCUUCGUUUUGUACUAAAGGGUUUAAGAUUACGGCUUGUACAUAAUAUUCAUCAAUCUCAACUUUAUUAACAAUAACGCUGUCAGGCAGACACAGUCAGUGAGAAACUCCACAGACAGUUUCCAGUAUUACAGCUUUUGCAAGCAUGCCCUUUGAGCACUAAAAUACGAAGGCCUUUUUUUUUACAUGAAUAGGUGGAAUGUAUCGGUGAUAGCCAAUGUUCACCUCAUCGGUCGUGAUAAAGGCGGAUUAUGUGUUGUGGACGUAGUUAGAACGGGUGGAGGGAUAUUUGAUAAACAGCGUGUUAUGAACAAUUUGGAGGGUGGGGGGUAUGAUUCGACGUUGUCCUGUGUGAAAGUCAGCAGCAUGCUUUUUAACCAUGCCUAUGAAAUAUGUCUCAUCUUUGGUCCUAUAUAAAUGUGCUUGUAUUUAUUUUUUAUAAGAGAAAAAAGCGACCUUUGCAAAGACUAGAAUAAUUCAGUGCUGCCCUUGACCUUCAUCAGACAAACGCCCAUCGAUUCUGCCAACAGCUUGUUUGAAUCAUUCAUGAUUCAAUGUGUUUUCACCACUAAUUGUUUUCCUCAUGUUUCUUCUGUUUCUCUCUGAAUAAGUAGAAAAGCACAUUCAACCUAAAAGCAUGAAUGAAGUGAAUAUGACAUGGGUCAGAACAAUGUUCUUUUAGGUUUUUCUGAUCAGAAGACUUGAAUUUGAUGAAAAUUUUCACUGAAUUUCUAUCAAAAUCACAACAGUUUGUAGAUGUCACAGUGGUGCAUGCAGCCAUUGCAGAUAUUUCUCAUUCAUCUUUUUCCCAUUGUUUUCAGUUCUAGUAAUGGGGGCCAAAAUAAAAAGGGAACAAAGAAUUAACUAAGAGAUCUUUUUAGACCUAAAGGUUCUUUGUGUCAAACUGUAGUGAUGCUGUGGACUCUAAAGAUUGGAGUAAAGAUGAAAUGCCUUUUGUUGGACAUGCUUUCUCCUGGUCACCAAGUGGAACACAGUGUGUACUGUAAGAUAAAAAAUAAUCCUCAUCAGAAUGUUGAAACUAUUAAAAAUGUUUUAUAUUA